UUUUUGUAAGAAAUAAGAAAACGAGAUACAAUUAAUGAACACUGGAUUUGCUGGCAAGCAGAUCUUGUUACUUUCUCACACAGUCUCUAUUUUCUGUCCCUAUGCUAACAAAGAUGCAGAUACAGUAAGGGUCUUAUCAAACUCUUGACAAGAAAGCAAGUGUGCAAAUUUCCCAAAAUGUUAAAAAAUAAAAAAAUCAACUUUAAAAUGAAAUAUUAUAUUCUAGGUGUAAUGAUGCAGAAUUUGUCAAUGAUGCUGCACACGAGUGUCUCUGAGAGAGGGAUCCAGCACGUUGCACAUAACCUUGAAAUGACCUAAGGCGUGCGCAUAAAUCAGCAACUGAGCCGAAGCUUAUCCACCUGUUCCGUCAUCAGAGAGGAAUAUAAAAAAAAUAAAAAAACAAACAAACAAAAAAAAAAAACAGUGGAAAUACUGCCUUUGCUGCGUAACCACGGCAACUCCUCCCUCAAAACGCAGCAUCACCAAAGCCCCCACCGCGUGAACCCAGCAGGAAAGGAUACGCUGUCUGCUGCUUACCUGGCUUUAUUAAUAAACCAACCGGGGUCACGUGGUCAGCCCAGCCCUGCACACUGUUCUGCUACAAUAGCAAGGUUUUUUUUUUUUUUUUUUUUUACCUUCUCUCCCUUCAUCCGAGACGAGAGGGAUGCUGCCGCUGCUGUGAGGGAGAGAGGUGAGCGCAGUUGGAAAAGCAUUUUUUUUCUCUCUCUCUCUCUCUCCUCCAUCCAAAGCUCCUCCUCUGUCGUCGGAGAGCGGAGACCGGUCACAUUUUGCUCAAUGAGAGCAAGAGGGCACCGGAGAGGAUUUCCUUAAUUUCAACCUGCUGCUGUGCCGUGCGGCUGUUCUCUCUCGCCUCUGUCAAAGCAGAGGCUAAUAUGAAGACAUCAUUUGGAAAACCAGACCCUGGAGAGCACCUACAAUCUUUUCAACUCAUUUGAAACGGAAGACAACGCCAUGCACUGUUUCCGGUAAAACCGGCUCCCUCCCUCCUUCUACCUAACCUUUCAGAGUGUGGACAAGCUGCACAGACAUGAGUUCAGAUCAGCCCUCCAUGGAUUCACUAGAGCGAAGGCUCACGUUGGGUGCUGCCUGUAAGCGGCAUGGCCAUCGGUGUCUGCGGAAAAAGCUGAGGCCAGUGCGAAUCUUAGGGUUCGUCUUUAGCCUGGUGGCCGUAAGUGCCGUCUCCUUCAGUGCCUUGACCUGGAGCUCAGGGGGUCUCAGUGAGCCAGUGCUCCCCAAGGAGAGCCUCCACCAGUCCACCCCCCACAGGACUCUUCUUUUCACCCAACCUCAGAGGGACCCCAAUGUGUCAGCUGACAUGCCAAUAGCCAUGAAAUCUACAGCAAAUAGCAACGAGAGCCAAGGGGAGUACCCGCAAGACAUUUUCACCCUUCAGCAGAGGCGCCAAGGAGCAGUUGUCCUCCAUAUGUUCGGCAUGAUCUACAUGUUCAUUGCCUUAGCCAUAGUGUGUGACGAGUUCUUCGUCCCAGCACUGACAGUCAUCACGGAAAAGCUGGCCAUUUCGGAUGACGUAGCUGGUGCCACCUUCAUGGCGGCAGGUGGCUCAGCCCCAGAGCUCUUCACCUCCAUCAUUGGCGUUUUCAUCUCACACAGCAAUGUCGGUAUUGGAACCAUCGUGGGCUCAGCCGUCUUCAACAUCCUCUUCGUGAUUGGGAUGUGUGCCAUCUUCUCCAAGGAGAUCCUCAACCUAACGUGGUGGCCACUCUUCCGCGAUGUCUCCUUCUACAUCCUGGAUCUGAUCCUGCUCAUCAUCUUCUUCCUGGAUAACAUCAUCUCCAUAUGGGAAAGUCUGACGCUGCUCUCAGGCUACGCCGCCUACGUGAUCUUCAUGAAGUUCAACAGCAAUGUUGAGAGCUUCGUCAAAAAUUGCAUGAACAAGAACCAAGUGGUAGAAGUGGAAGUUCAGCCCAAGGAUGAGAAGGCAAGUCCUGGGGCGCCAGAGGAUGACGGCAAGUUGUCGGCCAGGCCUCGGCUUCAGAGGGGGGGUAGUUCCGCCUCCCUGCACAACAGCUUGAUGAGGAACAGCAUUUUCCAGCUGAUGAUUCACACGUUGGACCCUUUAAGUGAAGAAUUUGCUGACUCUGAGCUUGGGACUUAUGGGAAACUAAAAUAUUAUCACUCAAUGACUGAGGAAGGUAAAUUCCGAGAGAAGGCAUCCAUCCUUCACAAGAUUGCGAAAAAGAAAUGCCAAGUAGAGGACAGUGAGAAGGCCAAUGGAGUAGCAAGCCGUUCAGACAAGAACCUUCCAAACAGCUCCAGCGUGGAAGUGGAAGUGACACCACCCAUGAAUGGGACGGCAGGGCAAGAGGGGGAAACGGCUGAGGAUGAGGAGGAGGAGGACCAGCCUCUGAGCUUGUCCUGGCCUGACUCCAACCGCAAGCGCCUCACCUACCUCUUGAUCAUACCAAUAGUCCUUCCCCUGUGGCUAACGCUGCCUGACGUCAGGAAAACGUCAUCACAGAAGUUCUUUCCCAUCACCUUCCUGGGUGCCAUCUGCUGGAUUGCAUGCUUCUCCUACCUAAUGGUGUGGUGGGCUCACCAGGUUGGAGAGACCAUUGGGAUUACAGAGGAGAUUAUGGGCCUCACUAUAUUAGCGGCUGGAACCUCCAUCCCUGACCUCAUCACCAGUGUUAUUGUGGCACGCAAGGGGCUGGGUGAUAUGGCUGUAUCCAGCUCCGUAGGCUCUAACAUCUUCGAUAUUACUGUUGGACUGCCGUUCCCCUGGCUCAUGUGGUCCUUUUUCAACGACAUACAACCGGUUAAAGUCAGCUCCAACGGCCUCUUCUGUGCCAUCGUGCUCCUCUUCAUCAUGCUCCUCUUCGUCAUCAUCUCCAUCGCCGCCUGCAAGUGGCGCAUGAGCAAGCUGCUCGGCUUCAUUAUGUUCAUGCUGUAUUUCGUCUUCCUGGUGGUCAGCGUUAUGUUGGAGGACAGGAUCAUUACCUGUCCGGUGUCCAUCUGAGGACCUCCGAGGACCUAUUUCCUCUCCCUCGUCACUACCGCAACCACCAACAACAUCCUUCCCUGCCAUUGCUCACCCAUGACCCUUGUGAUCCUUUACUCCAGGACUAAAAGAAGGAUAAGGAGGACUGGACAAAAGAAUAAUAUAAAAAAUAUGGUGUUUCCCUAUAUUUUCAGUCAGCAGGUGGUGACAGGGAGGUGUUAAACCAACAAGGGCAUAAGACUUUGGCUUGGCUGGUUUAACGUAGUCCUAACCUGAGCGGAUUUUUAUUUAUACUUAUUCUUAUUUGGCAGGCGACGGUGGGUUAUGGGUGUACCAGCCAAAUAUAGAAGCAUUAUGCAUGCCAUUAGUGUCACUAGAUGAGCUGGAAUCAAGACUACACCUGGUAGAUUGAGGAGAACGACCUCCUUUGAACUUCAGGGGGGCGGGGGGGGGGAACAAGAGAUACACUAUAUACAACUCUUAAUAAACUCCUAAUAAAAGCAGUGGCUGAGCUGAAAUUCUGAGCAUAUUUGAACACACAAACCCUUUCAACCAGACCAAGACGCUGACAGCAAGAGUGAAUUUGCGGAUGAGGAAAUGGCAAACUGUGUGGAUGGAGUUUUCGUUCCAAACGCGUUUCCCCUCUGAUGGUAUUGAACGAAAAGACUCUCCUACGAUAACAACGAUUGAUGAAACACUCUUGCUGGACAGGCGAACUUCUUUUUUUUGUUAUUUGUUAUUUGCAAAUUCAUCACGUGCUCGGUCUGAAUGACGAGUUCAAGCUUCCUCUCUUCCCUGCCGGAUGUCAUUUCUCACAGCUGAAUGUCUCCUCAGAGGAUUCUUCAUCUUUUUUUUCUUUUAUUUUUGGAUUCAUUUUCAUGAAAUAUAUAUAGAAGUAGCAUUAGAUUGUAGAUCUGUAGCAGUAUGAGUUAAUUUAGAGUCAUCUUAACAAUGUGCCCCUCUUUUUUUUCUUCUUCUUCUUUUUUUCUUUUGCCACGUUCUGAUCGUACAGAACUUUUCAUGCUUCAGACGCACCGACUGACAAAGGCAAGAAAAAAAAAGCCUAACUGAAGUUUAGCCUCUCGAAAUAUAUGCUAGCCUUCAAUAUCUUUCACUGGUUGGAAAAAAAAAAUAGGCAUGAGUACUAUGUCAAAAUAAUACAUUUGAAAAGAACUUAACAGUGUUUAAGUGUCAUGGUUGAUUUAGAUUAGUCAAUGUGUAGUGCUUUGUUCAUAGUAGAACUGGGCUCAACUCACCGGCUAGUCAAGCUCCUGGGGUAGUAGUUUCAAGGAGUCAACUGCAUGUAAAAAUAGACACUUGGAGGUGAAUAAUACCAAUCAACAUUUAAGAAGUCGUAUACUAAAAUGUAUACUUCUUGAAACGUGUUUCAUAACUUCUUAAUGCAAACCACUGCUCAGUCUCUAUGUAGAAAAUGUCAACAUGUAUGGUCAAUGAUAUCUAUCAAACUUGUGCAAUUUCUUUUCUAAUCAAAGGUGCUUUUGUGUGCAUGUGUGCAAUCUGCAUUUGAAGUCAUCACACAAUGACCAUUUCCUUAUAUUUAUCUAUGACUAGAGGUUAUACUACCAGUAUUUUGCAACUAACUGCAAAGAAAUAUACACCAAUCUGUGUUUUAUACCGGAGAUAGAAAUCAUAAUCACAAUCUCUCUAAGCUAAAUAGAAUGUGGAAAUCACAGAUUUAACAGCAAUAUACCGUGUGUGUCGUCGUCGAGAAUCACAUCCCCCCUCCAUGCGUCCAGUCCCCCACCUCCUGUCUGACGUGCUCCGAACCCCAACAACGAGAAGAAGCGGGUGACCAUUUCUCCGCAAUUCCCUUUCCUGUUAGAGCUGGCCAGAAACACCUGCUUUACCUCAACACAGCCUCUGUACAGCAGCUUCGUAGGAAUUAACUAUAAAACAAUAGUAAAUAGAUUCUCUGAAUGUGUGAGGAGAAAUGCAUGCAAGGAAUUUGGGCUGGUUACCCACUGACUGUACAGCUGAGCUUAGACCAACUAUAUAUGUUCACUUUUAUGCAUCCAUUCGGAGAGAAAACACCAAGAACUCAUUGAUUUUACUUUGUAAAUAUGAACACCUGUUUUUGCAAGAACCAAAUGGUCCACACAUUCACAUUUUUCACCCUUCUUUAUUUAUAUUUUGUAAUAGUGGAUGGAAAAGGACAAAGACGGUGGCCCUUUAGAAUCAUAGUAUUAUUGAGUGAAAAACAACACAAGCAUUUAUUUUUAGACUGCACAACAUCUCAUUAGCAUACAUUAUACUGUAAACAUGUCAAAUGAGGGCUUAAAGUACCAUAUUGCUUCCUCGGACAACACUGAGACUUAGUGACGCUGACAGCAUGUUUUCUGACAUUUGGCAAAGGUUACAAAUGCACGGGAAAAAGGAAACUAUGAUCCCUGCAUCAACCAAACGCACUAUGUUCAACUGUUUGGUGUGCUCUCAUGCAGCAUGUUUCCUUGAAUAUUUCCACAACCCAGAUUCAAAGAGUCAAUUUAAUGCCUCUACGAUGACUCAUGUCCUUUGUGAAACUCUCCUGUGUGCAUUUGCAAUUAAACUCAGAGCGCCCACACACGCUUGUGAACACGAUCACACCUCACCUCCAGUUUCUACUCGCCCCUAUCUUUGAAAUAAUACCUUGUCAUUUUGGGAAAAUGCAUGUUUUUGCUUUCUUGCUGAGAGUUGGAUAAGAUGUUGAUGGACACUGUUUUAAUGUCUGUGCGUUAAAUAUGAGGCUAGAGCCAGGUUAGUUUAGAUUAGCACAAAAACUAGAAACUGGCUUGCAUGGCUCAGUCCAAAAGAAACCAAAUUUGCCCACCGGUACCUCUGUAGCCAUGUUUGAUUAAUCUGUACAAAAACCAGUGUAAAAACAUGAAGGUUUGGUUUUAUGUGCAGGCCAAGAUAGCUGCUAGCAUUUGAGCUAAGUUAAGCUAAUAGUUAGCUUGUAAUAGCUUCAUAUUUAGCAUACAAACAUGAGAGUGGUAUCAACCUUCAUGUGUAAAGAGAAUAUGCACAUUUCCCAAAAUGUCUAUUUCUUUAACAGGUCAAAAGGUCAUCUGCUUGAUUUUGGUUGACCUUCUACCACUACGGUCACAUGUGCAACUCUUUAUUAUUUUCCUUCUCCAAAGUUUUCAUGGUGUUCUUGUGUGAGAGCAUGAAUGGUGAGAGGAAAAACAAAAAGAAUAAAAUCAAAAAGGCAAAUGGGUUUUAGCACGUGAGCUUGGCAUUGGUUGUGGUUCACCAGGGUAAGUGACUGUGAAAGUUGACCACUAAUGAACAUUCUGUAAAUGUUUUAUUUUCUUGGUGUUGAUGUAAGAUUUAUUUAAGGUGUACAUAUAUACAGAUACAAAUAAACCAUAUAAUCUAUAUGUGUAAAAGAAAUAUGUCUCUUUAUGUAAAAACACAAAGUAUAUAAUAAAACAAAUAAAGAUGAUAAUUCAAAUAUG